UGCCCCUGUCACCAUACUGAUUUUGGUGUGGGCGUGGCCUCGCAGAGUCACGUGACUCUUUCUCCAGCGAGUCCUCCAGCGUCGCUGGUCGCGGUUUGCGCUGAAAGAUGGCCGCAGUGGAGCAGCGCCCGCCGGCGCGGGAGGGAAUUCGCAUCGCGGUGCUGUGUAUGUGCUGGUACACCGUCAGCUCUGGUGGCAACGUGGUCAAUAAAAUCAUCCUCAACGGCUUCCCCUAUCCGGUCACGGUGUCUCUCUUCCAUAUAGUCUCCAUCAUCGUGUUUCUCCCGCCGCUGCUGCGAGCCUGGAGCGUCCCGCGAACGGAGUUACCGGCCCACUACUACCGCUGGUUCAUUCUGCCGCUCGCCUUCGGGAAAUACUUCUCCUCGGUCUCGGCCCAUUUCAGCAUAUGGAAGGUUCCGGUGUCGUACGCGCACACUGUGAAGGCCACCAUGCCCAUCUGGGUGGUUCUGCUGUCACGGAUUAUCAUGAAAGAGAAGCAAACCACAAAGGUUUAUGUGUCUCUUAUACCCAUCAUUGGAGGUGUUCUGUUGGCCACUGUCACUGAAUUGUCCUUUGACGUCUCUGGAUUGAUCAGCGCUCUGGCAGCGACGCUCUGCUUCUCUUUGCAGAACAUAUUCUCGAAAAAGGUCUUGCGUGACACAAGGAUCCACCACCUCCAAUUACUAAACAUCCUGGGCUUCAAUGCACUUAUGUUUAUGCUGCCCACAUGGAUUUUAGUGGACCUGUCAUCUUUCCUGAUGGAUGGAGACCUGGCAGAGAUUUCCAACUGGACAGGAACGAUCGUGCUGCUCCUCAUUAGCGGUUUCUGCAACUUUGCACAAAACAUGAUCGCUUUCAGUGUGCUGAACCUAGUCAGCCCACUCAGUUACGCCGUAGCCAACGCAACAAAGAGGAUCAUGGUCAUCAGUAUAUCCCUACUGAUGCUCAGGAACCCCGUCAACACCUCCAACAUUAUCGGCAUGAUGACAGCAAUACUAGGUGUCUUCCUUUAUAAUAAGGCGAAAUACGAUUCCAACCAGGAGGCCAAGAAGAAACUGCUGCCAGUUUCAGCACAGGAUAUGGUUUCAUUGGACAAACCCCAGUCCAACGGCUCCGGGCCCUUCGCUCACAGCUCAGACUUUCAGCACGGACGGAGCACAGUACUCACCGACCACUUUCAGUACAGCCGGCAGGCCUACACAGCGGAUUACAACUCCAAGCAGUUUGUUGUGUGAGUCGAACACUUUGGAGGACUAUAAAGACUGGUCUCAGACCCCCUGGCUUCAGAGGAGAUGGGUGAAUCUUUCAUACGGACGAGGAAGUGUCGGAAUGACUGGAAAAAGAAUGUUUACUCACAAAAUCCUACUGCUUUUUUUUCCACAGGCCUGUUAUUUAUUUCAUUACAAACCCUAUUUUGGUUGUUUUCCUAUUUAGUUCAUGAGGAAAUUCUCAGUGGUAUGUGCAGAUUUGUGCAGAUUAUUACAGGAAGGUGCUGGGAUUUUUUGGGGGGAUCAAGUUUUUGUUUUUGCACAGGGUGCAUUUCAGUACAGUUCAGAAUGUAAUAUGUCUUUGUCUCGUCAUACAAACAGCGAGACCUCUGCCAUAUAACAUACACUGGGUCACUGCAAAUACAAGUGCAUCAGGGUAUUAGUCAAUGUUCUGGUUUUGCCUUUUAUUUGUAAAUAUUUUAUUUAUUUUUAUAGAGGAAGGUGUAUUGGUUGACCCAUAUCAUGAACUGAAAACACCCCAUUGAUUUUUUUUUUUUAUGUAAUGUCUGUGAAGGAGUCACUUUUUUCACCGUUCUGGGGGUGUUAAAUCAGACAGGUCACUGUACAAGAUCUCUUGAAUCUUGGUUCAUGCAUUCAUAUGUAUGAUUAUCUUUUUUUUUUAUUUUUACUGACAUGCAGACAGGGGAAUUAGAAUCACCAUACAAUGGCCAUAACUUAUGGCUCAGUUGAAUUCAUAUUAAAUGUCUAGGAAAGGAAGAUGGGGGAUUCAUAAAGCAGUUUAUUUUAUUUCUCUGUUUUCUGGAAAUUGACAUUCUGUAAGUUUAAAUUUGUCUCAGUCCCUCACAAUAAAAAGUUUGAGGACACGGUUUCAGAACUGUUGAUUCUUUGACACUGAACUCCAUGAGAAUGGUCUUGUUAAAAGGUGCAAUAUUCCUUUCAAUCAUGACAUCCGGAGGUGUUUCAAGCUCUUUUAGGGUGUAAAACCUGUAGUUGCAAGAAUCUGUGGACUAAUUUUUUGGGGGGGUGGAAUGUGAUCAAAUUUGUUAAAUGGUGCAGACUAGCCAUCUAGAAAGAGAUCUGCGGCUUGGAGCCUAUUUUAGAUGUUACUGACCAGUUAUCGUCUUUGUUCCCAAAUUUAUGCCAGUUUUAGCAAAAUGUGUGAGGUGGGGGAUUAGUUUAAUAUUUGUAAGCUAGCUGUUUUUUCCCCUCUCUUUCUCCAUUUCUAUUUAACAAGUGUCUCGCUGCUGGAAAGUUAGACUUUUUUUUUUUUCUGGCAUAAAGCAUGCAUGUGUUUGCAUAACUCUGCAAUGAGAAAAUAACUUGGAGUUCUUUUAAAUAUUUCAAGUGUUAUGGAUUUUAAAUAGCAUCAUGACAUAUUUCAUGUUGUGUAUUUUGAACGACUCCGUCUUUGUCUCUAUAUAUUGUGAAUUUAUUGGAUCAGUUCAGGCAGAUGAAGUGGUUCAUUAACUGAUAUUGUAGCUUGAGCAGCCAAAAAGGAAGGCUGUGGGUGUGCUCUCUUCCGUCUGCCUGUUUUUCAUCGGUUGAAGCCUUUUGUUCUCACUUUGUGACAUCGCUAGUGUGCCAAUUCGCUUCUCAGUGCCGAUUUCUUCUUCCUGAUUCUUACUGCUUUUAGGUGACUGGUUGUAAUCUGUACAAGAAACAUCGGGCUGAUGUAUAGCAUAUUCAUUAACAAGACGUUGUGUGUAAGCACUGGACUCCCAAUGUCUCAAAAUGAAAGGGAUUGAAGAAAGCAUCUUUUUUUUUUUUUUUUUGUAUUACACAGUAAGUAAUUGUAAACUGAGCCUAAACCCUGAACUCAGCUCAA